AUGAAUAUCAAUGAUUAUAUAAAUAUGAAUAUCAAUCGUAUUAGUUACAUAUGUAAUCAAACUACGAGGUUUUGUAUGAAAGAUAAUCAUAGUGAGAAUACAUGUACAGUAAAACUAACAACUAUCAAGAAUAUUGUUAGAGAUAAAAUAAAUGUAAAAACAUCAGGUAUAUUGAAAUAUAUAAAUGCGAAUACAUCAUCAUGUCAUUCAUCAUGUUGUGGAGAUUCUAUAAGAUCAGUAUGUAAGUGUGAUGUAUCAACUAAUAAAUGUUGUAAAUCUACUCAAGUACAAAAUGGUAAUUAUUGUAAUUCUAGUAAACAUCAAAUUUAUGAUUAUACAGGAACUACACAAAAAUGUAUUGUUUCGAAUUGUACAGAAUAUCUUGUCAGAUAG